AUGCUUCAUAUGUGGCCUUCGUGGCAGCCGGUCUUUGACAUCCAUCUCGCUCUAUUUACUCCUACAUUGAUUCCCACCUCGGUCAACGCCAAUGGUCUUCCUCUCGAGCUCUCACUUGACCCGUAUCUCGGGAUCAACAUCUUUGCGGCGAAGGGCAGGUAUCUACCCCAGAAUUACACCGACAGCCUUCAAGCCUUUUCCGUUGCCAGCAUGGCUGCUCGCGGGAGUAAAGUCGAUCCUUAUAGUACCUUGCCAGAGUCCUAUCAGCCUUCUUAUCCCGAAGUCUAUCACCCUAAAGAGCUUGAUCGCACAGAGAAAUCGACAGAGUACAUAUUGCCCAGUGGUGCAAGCAACGACGGCAACGAUAGAAACAACCAACACAGGCUACCAUUUGGCUGGACUCCAACGAUUUUCGGAAUUGUCACAGCUCUGGCCACUGCUAUAAUUGUAGCCGCCAUAGUCGGAGGAGGAGUUGGUGGCGCCUGCGCUAAUUCUCAAAGAGCCUUGAAGACAGCUUCCUCGGAAGCGGUAACAGCAACUUCAACUAUACAUUUGGCAGCUUCAGCACCAACUUCAUCAAUUCCUUCAUCUGUCUCUGCUUCCGCCGCCCUCGCUACUGACUACACCGCUCUAGUCGACACCCAGAUAUCGAGCCUCGCCCUUGACUGUCCAACUUUGGAUGGUCAAAGCUACCCAUCCAAGUGGGAGGGCCAAUUGUUCAGUCUGAACUGCGACUUUCUGUACAAUGACGGCGAUCUCGCUUCCGUUUUUGUCUACACGUGGCAGGAUUGCGUCGAGGCAUGUGCUUCCAUAAACCACUACGCAGAAAUGAACGGUGGCUCGAACACCACCUGCAUACAUGCGGUAUUUCAGGCAGGGUUGGACCAGAACGUGGUCGAUUGGAAUCGGAAUUGCUGGUUGAAGAGUAACAAGGCUGUGGUUGGGACGGCUGAUCCGGCAAGCGAGAUCCUCCUUUUGAAAGAAAUCGGCAAAGGCGAACGCGUGGCUCUUUCCCGCCUCUCUAUCGAGCAUUUGCAGAAACAAUCUCGACCCCUUCGCAUCGCCAUUGAUGCCGCAAUCUGGAAUUUCCAGACUCAGCACGGCGGGCAAGGGGGCAAAAACCCGGCCCUUCGGACACUCUUCUACCGCCUUGUCAAGUUACUAGCUUUGCCUGUUCAGCCCGUCUUCGUCUAUGAUGGCAAGAAUAAACCUCUCACGAAACGGGGACGGACAGUGUCGAAAUGGCAUGGGGGAUGCGUCGAGAGCGAAAUGUCAAAGGGUUUAGUUUCUCUGUUUCGAUAUCCCACGCACGUGGCGCCGGGGGAAGCCGAGGCAGAGUGUGCGAUGCUUCAGCGGAAAGGGAUCGUGGAUGCGGUUAUGACACAGGAUGUUGAUGCCAUCAUGUUUGGCUCUGGCCUCACGCUACGGGAUUGGUCCAAGGAGGGAAAUGGGAAGAAAGGCAACAAGACUGCUACACAUGUGAGCGUUUUGGAUUUGCAUCGGGUGAAGAAGCUCAGCGGGUUAGAUCCUGAGGGAAUGAUUCUGGUAGCACUCUUGAGCGGUGGUGAUUAUGAUGAGGAUGGCGUUGCCGGAAUUGGAAGUACGCUGGCAUGCGAGAUCGCCAGGGCAGGGUUUGGAAGCGACCUUUUGGACCUAGUGAGGAGCGGAGACGAAAAUGGAAUCACAGAAUGGAGGGAACGACUACAAUUCGAGCUCGAGACCAACGAAAGCGGCUAUUUCAAGAUGAAAAGGAAAUCGAUACGCAUUCCCGACAACUUCCCCGACAGAAAGAUACUGGGAUACUAUAUGAAUCCUGCAGUCACACCAGCGGACGAAUUGAAGAGAUUGGAAAAGUCAUGGGUCAAGGCCUGGGAUGGAGAAAUCGAUAUGCAAGCCCUGCGUGUCUAUGCUGCGGAAAUGUUCGACUGGAUGUACAAACCAGGUGCUUGGAAGUUUGUGCGAGUGAUGGCCCCGGCUCUCCUUGCGGACCGGCUACAACGUGGUGCAGCAGCAUCGCAUAUCACAUCUUCUGACCAAAUCACCGAACGACGGCAGCAUUUUGUGAGUGACGGAAUCCCAGAACUCAGGGUGACGGUGAUCCCAGGGGAAGUCGUUGGACUGGAUCUCGCUGCGGAAAAGGACAGCCCCGAAUAUCUACAACUUCUUGCCGAAGAAGAGAAUGAAGGGUUGGAGGGAGAACCGGAAAACGCAGGUACGGACGGAAAUGCGCCUCUGAGCCCGUCCAAGAAACGCAAAUCUCCUCCCUGGCUGCCCCAUGCGCCAGAAAAGAUGUGGAUUGCCCAGACCAUUGUCGAGAUCGGGGCUCGCGAGCACGUCCGACGGUGGGAACAGAUCCAGUUCGAGAUCAACAAUGAUCCCAAGAAGUUUGCUGCGCGGAAGUGUGCAAAGCAGAAAGAGAAAAAGUCGAAAACGACUGGAGGUAUGCAGCCUGGGGCUCUUUUAAACUACGUCGUCACUGCCAAAGAGGCUGCUGUGCCUGAGGUAUACCCUGCAAAGUCCAUCUCAUCGCCUCGUCCCCGCCCAAAGGCCAACGUCAGCGAACCACGAAGGUCCAAGUCCACCAAAUCCAAAUCCAGCCAGAUGAACGAUGGGCAGUCCCCCACGAUAUUUGAGCAUCUCAAGUCCACCAAGAGUCGUCAUGAUUUCCAUGAGACAGCGUCAGCACGCGACAGUGUAUCGUUUGACACUUGGCAAACAUUCAAGGCCCUCGACUUCAAGCUCGACAAAGACGGGACGGCGGAUCGUACACAAGUCAUCUCCGCUUUAUGGAAACAUGAUUCACCCGAUGCUCCACGAUACAAGGCCACCUGUGCUCUCGCAACGCGAAAAAAGGUCAGAGAAGGUCUUCGCAAAGGUGACAUCGGGAGAGGACCUAUCCAGAAAUGCGAUCGAAGAGGAAUCCCUCCCCUUCUCUUCGCCAGUCCGGGGAAAAUCCAACUCAGCAGUGGACCAUGGAGAAACGCAGGAAGCCUUGGAUUCGCUCAGCAACAUCACACGGCGGACGCCCAGGAAAAGAGCAAAUAA